UAAUACACAUAUUAUGCCAUGAUGUGAAACGUAAUAUAUUAAUAAUGUAAUGGAUAACCCCAAAUUAAAUGAGACCCAUCCCAUAUGAAUCCUGAUGCAUUGAAAGCAAUAUAAUCGGAACAUGCAUGGUAUAGGGAAUUUUGUGGGUGUGAGAUAAAGAAGGCAUUGGAGGGUUUUGUAUAUUCGUUGCUUUGUGUGGGUGCUGCUACUUUCCUUUAUUGUCAUGCAUCUUAUUCCUUUCUUCCUUCCUUCAAUAACAUUGCAGCCUAUUUAAUAAGCAUAGACCACAGUCUUGACAUAGAGUGAGUUAGCAUCAGAUCAGACAUGUCUGCAGAUUGGGGUCCAGUGGUGAUGGCAGUGGUGCUGUUCGUGCUGCUCAGCCCAGGGCUGCUGUUUCAGCUGCCGGCAAAGGGCAGGGUGGUUGAGUUUGGGAACAUGCAGACAAGUGGCAUCUCUAUAUUGAUUCACACCAUCAUCUUCUUUGUCCUCAUCACCAUCUUCCUCAUUGCCAUUGGUGUCCACAUCUAUUCCGGAUAAUCAUUCUAUUACUUCUAACAAGUAUUGUUUCAUGUCUGUAUUGCUUCUAUUCUAACAAGACAUUUUUUUUUUCUCUUUGGAUUAUGUUGCCUGCCAAUCAAUAACAAAGGUUCAUAUUUGACACA